UUUACGGAGAAUCGAAACCAAAGUUUCCAGUCUGAACCUUUACUGCAAUCCAUGGUCUGUCAUGAAAAUAGUUCUAUUUAUUUUAUAGUCUGAAUUUUAAAAUCUGCAUUACUAUAUCACAUGUAGUGUUAAGUAAGCAGCCUAACUUACAUGUCACCUUAUUUGGAAAGGACCUGUAGGCCUACUCUGUCAGUUGGGAGUAAGUGGAGCUGAAUGCAGUUUUUGUUUUCGUGGUUGUGGAAAAGUGAAAAAGUGAACAGAUAUGGGGGACAAGAAACAAGACUCAGUGGAAAGGCCAGCAGAUGGCAAUAAGAACCAGAGGAGUGACUCCAUCCAACAGGUUACAGCCCCUGGAAAUUCCAAGGGGAGAAAGAAGAGAGGAAAGAAAAAGAGGAGUGCCAAGAAGAUGGAGGACAAAGAGGGAGAGAUGGACAAAUUUGCCCCAUUGCAGUCUGUUCUGGUUCAAUCACAAUCAGAGGAAUCUAGCCCAGCCCAAUCCUCAUCAGUGCAAGCUGACCCACCCUUAGGGCAAUCUAAUCCAGAGAAACCUACACCAGAGCAACCCAAACCAGAGACACCCAAACCAGCACAACGUAACCCUGCCCAACCACUUACAGGGUAUCAAAACCCAGCCACGCUCCCUUCAGCGCUACCCAAUCAAGCCCAACCAGAGCAACCCAAUCCAGUGCACCCUACCCUAUCCCAACCACCUUUAGACCAUCUCUCCCUAACCCAGUCAAAGGACCAGCCAACUGAAGCCCAACCACAUCCAGAUCAGGGUCCUCCAACCCGGUUAUCCACAGUUCAGUCAUCUCCACACCAGUCAUCUCCACAACAGUCAUCUCCACACCAGUCAUCUCCACACCAGUCAUCACCAGAUCAGUCAUCUCCACACCAGUCAUCACCAGAUCAGCCAUCUCCACAACAGUCUUCACCAGUUCAGUCAUCUCCACAACAGUCAUCACCAGAUCAGUCAUCUCCACACCAGUCUUCACCAGAUCUGCCAGAUCCGUCAUCUCCACACCAGUCUUCACCAGAUCAGCCAGAUCCGUCAUCUCCACACCAGUCUUCACCAGAUCAGCCAGAUCCGUCAUCUCCACACCAGUCAUCACCAGAUCAGUCAUCUCCACACCAGUCAUCACCAGAUCAGUCAUCUCCACACCAGUCAUCACCAGAUCAGUCAUUUCCACACCAGUCAUCACCAGAUCAGUCAUCUCCACACCAGUCUUCACCAGAUCAGCCAGAUCCGUCAUCUCCACACCAGUCAUCACCAGAUCAGUCAUCUCCACACCAGUCAUCACCAGAUCAGUCAUUUCCACACCAGUCAUCACCAGAUCAGUCAUCUCCACAACAGUCAUCUCCACAACAGUUAUUACCUAAACAUCCAGAUCAGUCAUCACAGUCAUCUCCAGACGAGGACAAACCUAAGAAAAAGGGAGAUCCAAACAAACUUUCCCUUCUGACCUGGAACAUAGAUGGCCUGGACCUGAACGAUAUCAAGGAACGUCUCUCAAGGCUACUGGACUACCUGAUCAAGUACCACCCCGACAUUGUGCUACUGCAAGAGGUUAUUUCACCAAUUUACCAGGUUUUACAGCAGGUUCUGAAGCCGUAUCAUGUGUUGCCGGGUAGUGACAGAAGCUAUUUCACUGCCAUACUGCUGAGGAAGUCCAGAGUUCAACUUCUGGAGAGUAGCAUAGUGAAUUACCCUACCACAGAGAUGAGGAGAAACCUGCUUAUGGCCCAUGUUUCUUUCCUUGGCCAUCCAUUGUGUGUGAUGACGUCCCACAUGGAGAGCAUGAAGCCCCAAUCCCUGGAACGCCAGAACCAGCUGAGGAUGGUGUGGAAGACAAUGAGGGAGCAGCCCCAGGACCACAGCGUCAUCUUUGGGGGAGACACCAACCUCAGGGACUGGGAGGUGAAGAACCAGGGCGGUCUACCCGAGAACAUCUGUGACGUAUGGGAGUCCCUGGGCCAGCCGGAAGACUGCCGGUACACCUGGGACUGUGUCACCAAUGACAACAAGGACCUACCUUUCCCCGCACGCCUGCGCUUCGACCGCAUCUUCCUGAGGCCGGCCGGCGAGGGGUCAAAGGUCAGCCCAGAUGGCAUAACCCUGGUGGGCCUGGAGAGGUUGAAUGACUGUCAACGCUUUACCAGUGACCACUGGGGUCUCCUCUGCACCUUUGUCAUAAAACCACUCAGUCAAGCAACACCUGAAUGAUACACAGGGAACAGUUAGCUGUCCAUGUCAUGUCAACCUGGAACAGCAUAGAAGUCUUUGCCCAUCUUCUUUAUGUACAUUGGGAGAUGUUGAGAUUUUGACCUAGGAAAUAACAGGAUUAUGGGCACAGCAAUAGUGAUUCAUGACUUCAAUUGCUAUGUUUGGCAACUGCUGCUGUUCCAAGGCACACUUUUAAUUUAUCCAGCCACAUAUUUGUCUGUGCCAACAGGUCAUGUACCCUAUUCAAGGGCACAUUCAUACUGUCUCUGGACUUGGAAGCAGAAACCAUAUUGGCUACCCUCCAGGUUACAGUAUCUGAUUGUUUUCUAUCACUGUUUUAAGCAUCACAGCAUCAAGCCAAUUUCACAAUAAACUAAUUUUGUUCCAGACAGUAA